AUGCUCCGCCUGGGCCCCGCGCUCCUGGCCCGCCUGGCCCGCGCCCCGCUCCGCGCCCCGCUCCGGCCGUGCGGGGCGGCGGCGGCGGGCCGUGGCAAGGAGCAGGAGCGCUUCGUCUUCCUCGAGUACGAGCCGGAUCCGGCUGAGAGGACGGCGGCGGCGCCGCGCCGGGAGCGGGAGCUGAAGCCGCGCCGGGAGCGGCGGGUGCGGGGCGCGGCGGCGGCAGUGCCGAGUCUGUCCGAUCCGUCGUUGCCGCCGAGCGGCGUGAGCUGCUCGGGCUGCGGGGCCGAGCUGCAGUGCGGGGACGGCGGCGCGCCGGGCUUCGUGCCGACCGAGAGGUACCGCAGCCUCCUGUCCGAGGGCCCCGCGGGGCUGCGCGGCGCCGUGUGCCAGCGGUGCUGGGCGCUGGCGCACCACGGGAGCGCCCUGCGGCUGCGGCUGCCGCCCGACGAGCACCGCCGCGUGGUGAGCGCGGCCCUGCGCCGCCCGCCGCGCCACGGCCGCGGGCCGCUGCUGCUCUACGUGCUUGACGUGAUGGAGCUGCCCGACCCGGUGCUGCCGCAGCUGCCGGCGCUGCUGGGCCCCGACGUGCCCGCCGCGGGCGUGCUGGUGGUGGGCAAUAAGGUGGACCUGCUGCCCGCAGACUGCCGCGGGCACCUGGGCCGGCUGCGGCAGCGGGUGGCGGCGGCCUGCGCCCGGGCCGGGCUGCGGGGAGCUGGGCUGGUGGACAUCCGCCUGGUGAGCGCCAAGACCGGCUACGGCAUGGAGGGGCUGGUCAGCCGGCUGCAACGCUCCUGGAAGUGCGCCGGUGAUGUCUACCUCCUGGGCGCCACCAACUCUGGCAAGUCCACGCUCUUCAACACCCUGCUGCGCUCCGACUACUGCAAGUCCCGCGCCCCCGACGUCAUCGACAGGGCAACCGUGUCCCCGUGGCCAGGAACAACACUGAACCUGUUGAAAUUUCCAAUUAUUAACCCUACAUGUGACAGAAUAUUCCGAAGGCAGGAGAGGCUAAAAGAAGAGGCAACAAAAACAGAAGAUCAACUAAGCAGUGAAGAAAAAAAGUACAUUAAUCAACUUAGAAAGCAAGGUUACCUAGUGGGAAGAGUUGGAAGAACAUUUCAACAGCAGAAGUCUAGUGCUGAGAUUGACUUCGACCCUGACAUGCUCUCUUACAGCAUGGAUGAAGAUCCUCGAGAUCCCCCUAAGAGGUUUGAGGAAAGAGAGGAGUUCACUUACAAUGAAGUGAAGGAUGCUCGGUGGUGUUUUGACACUCCAGGAAUUGUAAAGGAAGAUUGUGUUUUGAAUCUCCUAACAGAGAAGGAAGUAAAACUGGUUUUGCCAUCACAUGCCAUUGUUCCACGGACCUUUAUUCUCAAGCCAGGAAUGGUCUUGUUUUUAGCAGCCUUGGGACGUAUAGACUACUUAGAGGGAGAAAAGCCCACCUGGUUUUCUGUCUUGGCUUCUAACCUGUUGCCAGUCCAUGUUACUACACUGAGUAAUGCAGACACCAUCUAUGAGAAGCAUGCAGCCCAAGAAUUCCUAAAGGUUCCCAUGGGUGGGGAAGAGAGAAUGAAAGAGUUCCCUCCACUUGUCCCUCAGGACAUUACACUGAAAGGAAUUGGUACCACUGAGGCAGUUGCAGAUAUCAAGCUUUCCUCUGCAGGCUGGGUGGCAGUGACAGCUCACACAGAAGAGGAAUUGCUGCUCCGAGCCUACACUCCCAAGGGCACUGCAUUGGUGGUGCGGGAGCCUCCCCUUCUGCCUUACAUCAGUACCAUCAGAGGGGCCCGGAUCCCAGGCACUCCUGCCUACAGGACCAAAAAGCCUCCUUCCUUUGUGGAAAACAUAAGGACCACUGGAAGCAGAUAGCGCUUCUCAUCAUCCGAGCAAGGCAGAAGACAGAAUAGCCCCUGGAGAACCUUGUGACUUACUGGUAUUCAGAAAACUUUGGACUCAUUUUGAAAGGCCAGCAGGCACAUUUUGGAAAGCGGGGCUGGGGGGAGCUCCACAAGUCCACAUUUGAUCUGGUUGCUGAACUGCAGCCAUUAUGAACUGAGGGGCUGGGACCUUGCUGUGGGAGGGUAAAGAGCUUCUCCCUGAGAUCUGCAUUGAUGGGCAGAUCCCUUUACCUGUCCCUUUUGAAAUACAGGGUGGAACUCACCUGCCUGACCUGGUCUGACUUUGCUGCUCAUAGAGUAGGUGGUUUCUUGCAGGCAUGCUCCCUCAUGUCAGAAAUAGUUGCCUUGUUCUUAAGGUGUUUCCAUAGUUAGGAGGGUUGGAGGGAAUGCUCCAGUGUGGGUAUGACCCUCCUAGUGGCUGAUACUGAUUCAACAACAUCAACCAGAAGUCGUGUUCUUUCUCUCUCCUUCAGCAUCUGAAGCAGAUUAGGGUGUGCAGGAUUCUGCUUUUGGACACAGGAGAAGUGAUUUAAUGAAAAGCAGGUCUGCUUAUAUGCCUGAAGAGGAAAGUUUUGCAAUUCACUGAUUUGGUUUCUGUAGCUUGGGUAUAGGUUUUUGAAACCAAGAGUAUAGAAUAAAACUUCUCAAAGAUGAUCUUUUGUUGACCUAAUUGACAAAGAACUCUUUGUGUGGGCAUGAGCAUCUUGCUAAAUGCAUGAAAAUUCUAGUGCAAUAAUAAAAGUGCUCAAUCUGCCAAAGACAGGCAGACUGUGAGAGACACAUAAUCAGUCUGCUGAAAGAGGCAAAAAAAAAAAGUCUUCUGAUCGCCUUACCAUUUCACUGAUGUUUUCCUCAGUCAGUCCAUUGGUCCCCAGAGGUGGCUCUGCUGUCCUUGAGUCCUUGGUUGUUGUACUGAAGAAGCCUGGAUGAUCAGCAGAAAUCAUUGGCUCAUUCAGCAUCCUCUUCUCACCAUUGUUGCCUGUGGGAUGUAUUGGCAUUCCUUUAGUGAAACCUGUCCCUUUGCCCUGCUCUUUGUUUCCCCCCAUUUUCAGCCCAGACCCACCAUGUGGGUCUGUCUGCAGCCCCUGCUCAGGGCUGCUCUCUUCCCCUGUGUGAGGCUGCCAGGGCCUCCUGUGGAAUCACUUGCUGUGCUCUAGCACUCCCUUCACCUCUUCCUUGCCCUGCAUUGCUGCCUUCUUCGCUGCUCCCCCCACCAGGGGCUGGUGAGAUGGGGUGGGCCAGGCAGCGUCACGAUGGCUUUGAGAAGUGCUGGGUGCCAUGGGGUUUGAAAUUCAGCACUGUCUUGGGGGAGUUCCCUGUCCUUGCUGGCAGCUGCCCAGUUCUCCCUGUGUAGAAAAUCAGUUGUUCUUUAUGAAGGUCAAUCUGCUGCCAGUGAAUCCAGGGAAUGUGGUUCACAUGUGUUCAGUUUGUGUCUAGAGUUCUUCCUGUACAUUAGACAAAAUUAUGUGCACUCUCACCUUGAUUUCUCAGAAAGUCUUUUCUAGUUCUUUCUAGAAGAAAAAAAAAAACCUAUGGCAGCAUGUUCCUCACUGCUCAGGCUAUGGCUCACACAGUCUUCCUGUUUUCCUCUGUUUCUCUGUUGUGAAAGCCAGCACAUGUGUGGCCACUCCUAGGGUGUGCUUGGCAAGCAUCAGAGCACAGGCAGCAAGAUCCAGAAUGUGUUUUUCCAGCAUGGGUAUAUAGGACUGUAGCUGUCUUCCUGGCUGGAUUUCUUUGUGCUGUUGGCAGGCCUUACUUUUGGCUGCAAAAAUUACUGAAGGAGUUGCCAGCAAGACUGGUGUGAGGAUUAUCUGUUUUAGCUGUACUAAUCUUCACAGUCCUGUGAUUUUCAAUUUCCCUUUCACAAAGGGAAAAAACACCAUCUUUUUAAUGUUUAAGAGCAAGAUUCUGGAAGCUUUUUUUUUUUUUUUUGAGAUUCUUUUUAAAAUUACUUUUGUGAUGAUGGAAGAGAAAGUGCCAUAUUUUUCUCAACUGUUAUAACAAACACAGCAAAGCAACCCCUGUACAAAUUCUGCCCAUUCUUUUUGAGCAGGCCAUGGAUUUAUCAAGUACCUUCCUUGACUUGCUCAUAGCUAAAUGGGAGAACCAUGUUGCUUUGUGUAUUUCUUCAAGACUGGGUAUCCUGAACACUUUUAAGCUGGCAAGAGGCUAAACAACUUCUUUAUGUGUGUAGAAACAGCAUGAACAACUCGUGUUGUUCAGUUUAUGUCUUAAGCAAGAAUACUGAGAAGAAUGCAAAAGAAUACUUGUCGGAACCCAAGGUGUCCCUCAGACACUCUUGGAUGUUCCGGGUCCAGGGCAGAAGCCUCUGAGACCCUGGCAGGCAGCCAGAAACUUCUAUGGUCUUGAGUUUGACCCAUGGAACAAUUUACUAACUUUGUAGGAAGAACAAGAAAUCACAAAAGUUUAGAUAUUAUAAUAGAAGUAAUCACAAAGUAGAAGGUAGGAUUUUUGAGUGCUGUACAGGGGGGUUUUAGGCCUUGUACAGAGGGGUCUGAGUUUUGUACAUGGGGGUCAGAGGUUCUAAGAGGAGGGAUUUGGGCGUGCCCUGUCCUCCUUCUUUCUUCUUAUUUCCCAUGUUCUUGGUGGUGUUAGCACUCACAGAUUGGUUUAGAGUAGAAAGCCACUGUUUAACAUAGGUAAUAGGCAUUGGGGAAAAACUAUAAACAUUUAAUACGUAACGUGUGAUAUAAAAGAUGGCACCAGCCCCUCGGACGGAGAUAGAGACAGGGACAGGGACAGAGACAGGGACAGAGACAGAGACGGAGACAAAGAAGAAGACGAAAAGAAGACGAAGGGAGACAGAGACGGAGAGAGACGCAGAGAGAAAAAGAGUCAGGGACAAUGUCAGGGAGUCUGUGUGCCUUGAGAUAACAUGCAAUAAACUACCUUGAGACCAGACGACUGAAGACUACUGAGUCUUUCUUUGAAGGCACGGGUUGGAGGAGAGACUUUACCACCACCCGGAGUCACCCCAAUCUGGGGAAAGGCUCCGGCAAAUACUGAGACAGGGACCUUUGCAUCUUGAACAAAUGCCCCAAUCCAAACUCCUUCCAGGAUGAUUUGCAUCAAAUGGUGGUGAGAGAGAAAGAGUUUCAAGAUCUGCCAGAGCUGCCAACUUAAUAUCACAACCCAAAAGCAGGUGAAGGUAUUGAAAGAUAACAAAGUGACACCUAUUCCUUUUCAUCCUUGGCUGGUGUGACAGGUGUGUGGAUGAUGUACAUCAUGAGAAGGGGCUGGUAGACAGCACUUCCCCUCUGCACAUCAGGUGUGAAAGGCACUGUAGCUUUUGGAGGCAAAAGCCACUAUAAUGUUCUUGUGGGGGUGAUGCAAUUCUGCAGUUGCCUGAAUUCAGAGCUGUGCUUACAGGCCACAAAAAAAUUCAUCACUCCUGUCUGUCCAGCUUCCAGCUUAAAAGUAGCUUUGGUACUGAUUUCCAUUGCUUAGCAUAAUAGUCAUGGGCUGCAGAGGUGAAUUCCCCUGGCUCUACCUUUUUGCUUUGUAAAGUUUUCACACAUUUGGUGGCUUUACUUCUUUAGGAGCACUGCCUGGGGUGGUGUCACUCCAUUCCCAAUGUGAAACACACUGUAAUUUGCACAUACUGUUCCUUAAACUUUUACAGAAGAAUAAAAGUUUGGAUUUGUUUCCAUCA